UCUCGUGGUCGUUACCAUGUCGCCACGUUCGGCAUAAUAGCCAUCUUCUUCCUCUUUACCAGACAUAUAUAUCACUGGAACAUCUCAAGCUAUCGCUCGAGUGUCCGCAGCUGUCAUGGAACCUUUCAGCCAGAGCCACGCAUUACAGCUCGGAAGGUUGCUCUCGAGGCACAUGUCAAAAUGCCCCGACGCUCGAGACUGUCUCCAAAAACUCAUCCUCCCUGUUAUGGCAAAUGUGUCUGACAAGGUAGACUUCACUCUCUCCUUCAUAGGAAAGGUCACAAAUCACGACGAUGGAGUUGAAUGCAUGCAUGGGCAGACUGAAUGCUUAGGUAACAUUAUCGAGUUAUGUGCUGCCGAUGUCUACCCUGAUCCUAAAAGCUACCUCCCCUUCACGAAUUGCCUAUCACAACGAUACAGGGACAUUCCGAAUGAAAGUCUACUGAAGGACUGUACUAUGGAGUACGGCCUAGACUUUGACAAGAUCAACCACUGCAUGAGUAAGGAUGACGGCGCCUAUGCAAUGGGAUUGUUGAGGGACAGCGUUCAAAGGAGCAAGGAUAACGGUGUCAAGACUAGCUGCACAAUACGACUAGAAGGCAAGACUAGAUGUGUAAGAGACGGUGGCAAGUGGAAAGAUUGCGAGGGAGGUAAUAAGCCCAAGGACCUAAUCGAAGAGAUCGAAGAGCUAUAUAAUAGCUCGUCUUAGAGACGUAUAUACGUAUAGGUCGGUUCUCUUACAAGCAUAUUACUGGCGUUCGAACAGGUAGCGGUGGCAUGGGGCUCG